AUGUCAAAUAGAAAAAGAACAUGUGAUGCCUGUGGGCAUAUAAUUGCAAAGCCUGUAGGAUAUACUGCAAAUAAUUUAUGCCUUCAUGUGAAUGGAAUCAAGGACUUUGAACAGCUCAUUGAAUUUAAGAAAUACUUUUCACACUUUGUUGAAUCUCAGCAUAAUAAGAUUCUUUCAUUUAAUUUUAUCAAUAGUUCACCUAGUUCUGUUAAAGAAAUACAAUUCUAUAAAUAUCUGAAAGAUGAAUAUUUUGAUAUAAAUGAAAGCUUUUCGAAGUUCUAUGAUAAUUAUGCAAAUAGUGUAGAUAGUCCUCUUAAUAAAAAUCAGAUUUCAAGGGCAUUAACAGCUUUAGGUUUAAAAACAGUAAUAAUGAGAAAGAAGCAUAAUGGCAAAUGGUGCUCUAUUGUAAUGAUAAAUGCAUCAGAGGAUGAAUUAUCAGAAAUCUUCCAAAAAAAUGGAAUUUGA